UUUAGUGGCAUCUAUGCAAUAGAUUCAUUCACUUUUCCAUCAUGUUACAGGAAACCCAGUAAGGAAAGUGAUUCUGAAUCAGCUAGAGACAGAAGCAGUGAUAGCAGCAGUGGCUAUCGUCAUGAUAGAGGAGCUAAGAGUGUAGUUAAUGGCAGUUCGAACCAGCCUAACUUUCCAGAUGCAAGCAAUCUUAGUCUGGAAAGACUGUCACUUGGAAGUAAACCUUUAGCAGGUUCAUCAAGUGAUGAAAACGGAAGCUGCAGUACACUUGGUCAGCUUGUAUAUGAAUACUUUGAGCGCGAAACACCUUAUAAUCGCGAACCAUUAGCAGAUAAGAUUUAUGAUCUUGCUGAACAAUUUCCCGAGUUGAAGACAUACCGGAGCUGUGAUCUUUCACCUUCAAGUUGGGUGUCAUUGGCUUGGUAUCCGAUAUAUAGAAUACCUGUCGGUCCCACACUACAGGACCUGAGUGCGUGCUUCCUCACCUUUCAUUCCCUGUCAACACCUUCAAAAAGUCCAACUACCAUAAAUUGUUCAAAAGAUAAGGAUAUAUCAUCCAAGCUAUCACUACCAAUAUUUGGCCUUGCCUUUAACAAGUUCAAAAUUUCUGUCUGGGAUCCUGAAGGGGAUUCUGAAGAUCAGAAAUCCAAUUCUCUGUGGCGAGCUGCUGACAACUGGAUUAGGCAAUUGCAAGUUAACCAUCCUGAUUACAAAUUCUUUAAUUCUCACUAUUCAUAUUGUAGGUGAGGUGUGAGCCUAAGUUUUCUCUAAUAAACUGAAGUAGUCAAGUCCCUGCUUAUGAAGUCCCCACCCGGUAUACUGUUGUUUAUUUUAUUGCAUGGAACACUUUAAAGUGCUCUCAUAAAAUCAGAUUAAAAAGAUCUGUUCUUCAGUUUUCAGAUGAUGCAAGGUCUUUAACCAACAGUUUCUGCUUUUAUGUAGAAAAGGUUGUCUCUGCUUAAAUGUAUAUUUUAGAUGGCUUUUUGUGCCUAGGUUUGUACAGAGGGAAUAUUAAAAAAUAUAUCACAAAGGCAUUUUUCUUUAUGUGAAAAGGAUCCUAUGACAAAAUGCAGUAUUUUGUACCACUUACAAUGCACGUGAAUGUUCCCACAACAGCCAAUGCAGAACAAAAAAUCAACUAAGAAACUUAACACUCCAAAUAGUAAAAUUAAAUCAACAAAAUUUCACAAAAGGUUGCAAACUAACUAACCUUCUCAUCGAUCAAUACCAUCUCAAGAGAGAUUGAUUCAGCUGGAUUGAGGAAAGUUGGUACCCUCCACAUACGAACAACUCUGGCCUUUAUGCGAAGAUUUUCCUUUCCAGGCAGCAAUUCAGCAG